GGCGCCCAGGCCUCCUCGCGGUCGGGGCCGGCGCCACAAAGCCCUUUAUUGAGGCUGGGGCUUGACGCAGGGCCGCCCGCAGUUCCCGGCGCGAGCAGUAAGGAGGAGCGGGACCGCGGCGUGUGCGCGGCCAUGCGCGACUAGAUGGGCGCGCGCUCUGCCCUCGAUCCCCAGGGGACCGCGACCUUCCCGGACCCCAGAGCGUCGGUAACCGGGCGUCGGCGGACUCUCCCAGGACCCGUCUCGCGAGGCCCGGGCGGAGUGGACGCGCCCGCCGCGUGUGUGACAAAGUGAACAGAAUAUCUGAGUCAUUACAUCAGACAAUUAGGAAAUUGGACUGUAAUAAUUCACCAUGGCUUAUGGCUUGCCAAGAAAGAACGCAGUGGAAACCAUUUUGAGGUGCAAUUGUUAUAAAGUACAGGAACCGUGGGAACUUGUAUUAUUCACAAAGACCUGGUACACAAACCUAGCCAACAUCAAGUUGCCUUUCUUGGAAGAAAUUGCAUUUGGUAGUUCUAUACACCUCAAAAAAUGUAAAACCAUUAAGGAUGGUGUGCUCCCUUCAGCAGAAUCCAUCCAACUUGAAAGGGAGUAUGAAAUGAAGCGCUUGAGUAACCUGAAAUGUGAGGAAAAUGUAGCCAAGGAAAUUCAGUUUUCCCUAAGGGAAAGGCCAGUUGGUUUGAGAAGACCUCUCCCACCUAAGUGACAGUCAUCUCACAGUUGAAUCUGUACUCUGUGCUUUCUGCAUCCAAAGAGGAUGAAGGACUCUGACCUUCCACUGUGUGAAGUUUGGUGCAGUCAUCUGAAUGCCCCCUGGUGGAUGAGCCAGCUCCCGUGGGUUAGUUGACAGCUCUGAACAGAUCUUCUGGGUCCCAGUCACGUAUUUGUACCUUUGUAUC